UAACUAUUAUAUGAUGACUCGGCUUGCCCUCGUCCCUGAAUGGAUGGCUGCGCAUCGGUUCCUCCACCCCUCCUACAGACAGAGGCAUGGCGAGCACCGAGGCCAGAAGGGAGUGUGAGACGGAGGGUUGCGACCGGGACGCUAAACUUCAGUGUCCCACAUGCAUCAAGCUCGGCAUUCAGGGCUCUUAUUUCUGUUCACAGGAAUGUUUCAAAGGGAGCUGGGUGUCUCACAAGUUGCUGCACAAAAAAGCAAAGGAAGACAAACACCAGUCGGAAGAUAAGAACUGUGUGGAGAAGGACGCCAACACAGAUCCAUGGCCAGGUUAUCGUUACACGGGGAAGCUUCGGCCCCACUACCCACUGACUCCCAUGAGGCCUGUUCCAGGUGACAUCCAAAGACCCGACUAUGCUGACCAUCCCAGAGGGAUGUCCGAGUCCGAGCAGUUCCUGAAGGGGACGUCGCAGAUUAAGAUCCUCUGUCCCGAGGACAUUGAGGGCAUGAGAGUGGUGUGCAAGCUGGCUCGAGAGGUCCUGGAUAUAGCCGCGAUGAUGGUGAAACCAGGAGUCACAACGGAAGAAAUCGACCACGCGGUUCAUCUGGCCUGCGUAGCGAGGAACUGCUACCCCUCUCCUCUCAACUAUUACAACUUCCCCAAAUCCUGCUGCACCUCUAUCAACGAGGUCAUCUGCCACGGGAUCCCGGACCGAAGGCCGCUGCAGGACGGAGACAUCCUCAACGUGGACAUCACCGUCUACCACAACGGUUUCCAUGGCGACCUUAACGAAACCUUCUUUGUUGGGGAGGUGGAGGAAGGAGCGAAGAAGCUGGUUCAGACUACGUACGAAUGCCUCAUGCAAGCCAUCGACUCAGUGAAGCCCGGCGUUCGCUACCGAGAGCUGGGUAACAUCAUACAGAAGCACGCUCAGGCUAACGGCUUCUCCGUGGUCCGGAGUUACUGCGGCCACGGCAUCCACAGGCUUUUCCACACCGCUCCCAACGUGCCGCAUUACGCCAAAAACAAAGCAGUCGGAGUCAUGAAGCCUGGUCACGUGUUCACCAUCGAACCCAUGAUCUGUGAGGGUGGGUGGCAGGACGAGACGUGGCCCGACGGCUGGACGGCGGUGACCAGAGAUGGGAAGUGGUCGGCUCAGUUUGAACACACCCUGCUGGUGACGGAGAUGGGCUGUGAGAUUCUGACCCGCCGCCUGGAGGAGAACGGGCGCGCUCACUUCCUGAACCAAAUGUAGCCCGAACCAGUCUGGGUUAAACCGGAUCGGAGCAAGUCAAGGACUGGGCUUCUCCAGACACAAACACACACACAAAAAUAAACCCAGAAGAACGGCUCUGAGAGCUCUGGGAUCUUCUAACUUGAUACUGAAAUGGAAGUACUUGAAUGUGUCUUAAAUAAGUCGGUGGCUUCAUUAGGAAACCGUUAUCCUCUGGAGGAAAAGAAUUCACUACAUCUGGUUCCUCUGUGACAGCAGUCACGAUGGGAUCUCCAAAUCCGCUCAGAGAAAAAUUAUUUAGCUUCUUUUCCGUCGGCCUCUGCCUCACCAGAGACGGGCUGAAAAGAAUCAGUGCCACGGAGGACGGGAAGGCUUCAGCUAGUUGGGCCGACGGGAUUCACUCACCAGGAGCUCCGCGUUUAGCUUGUAAAGCUCCAGUUCUAAGAAACUUUAAGUCCUAAAGAUCAGAUCUGGAACGUCGGGAAAACUACCGUUAAAUCUGAUUGGCACUUUUAAAACGGUAAAAACAAAAGAAAACAAAUGAAUUCGGUGAUCAGACAAAACGAGAGUUUCUGCCGAGGAUCCCAGUCCGGCUCGACCCACCGAGGCGUCCGGUUUAGGCUCGCUAACAUCCUGAAUGGGGUUAUUAACUUCCAGCUGACGCAGGUGGGAAGCGUUCGUGAGUCACGUUGGUCCUUUGGUUGUUUCUUACGUCUCCAGAGUAGCAGUUUGAGCCUUAAAUGUGAAUCCUGGAACUAAAGCUGCAGCCCGGUGCCAUCACCCUGGCGUGUGUGUGUGUGUGUGUUAACGUGUGUGUACGUGUGUGUGGGGGUGUUCCUCGUUUCUACAGCUUCAGAGAACCAUGGCGAUCACAUCUCUCUGCGUCUUUGUACUGCUUCUAUGGGAGUGAUAAACGACUCCUGCAGCUGUGUGGGUGACUUUGUCCUUGACCGGAUCAGCGAGCAGAAUCCAGAACCGGGCUCGAAGGACAGUGAUCAAGCCAGCGUCUGACACGAUUUCACUCUGAUGUCGCUGUACUGUAUCAGUAAGACGUUGCUUCUGUUGGCUUCCCAGACGCGACUCCUCUGUGUUCAUGACUGCGAUGCUGUGGAGCUGCUAAUAAAAACUUGUGUGCUACGA